CAAAAUUUGUUAUUAAAGAACAAAAAAUUAAAAACUUACCAUUAUGCUUAGAAGAGAGAUUAAAACUUUUUUUUCGAUUUUAUAUAUACUUUUUCCCUUCCAUCACUGUCAUAAACUUUUUUUUCCAAAUGCUUGAUCUCUGCUUUCAAAUAUUUUUUUCCAUAUUUUUUAAUCAAUUAAAGGAUUUAGAUUUUUUUAAUUUUGUGAGAUUUAACUUAUUUUUAAAUAUUUUUAUACACAUAUGGAUUAAUGAAUUCCAAUAAAUCUCUCAUUAUGUAUAAAAUAAUGAUAUCCAUAAAUAUAAGGGUUUUCCUAAUUUAUAAUAAAAAUUCACUUAUAAUUUUUUAAAUUAAUUUUCUUCAAAAUAGAUACAAGUACCAAAUUACGUCAAAUACCUCCUCCUUUACUAUUGGUAACCUGCCCUUCAAUGCAAGAACCAGAAGAAGGCGAAAAAUCUACAGAAGAAGUUAUUGAAAAUAAACAGAAGACUAAUAAUAAUAGUGAAGUUGAUGCUCAAAUAACAUUGAAAUUAGCGGCACCAGAUGGCGAGGGAAGUGAAAGUUAUUCGGAUGAGGAUUAUUCUGAUGAAGAGUUUUCUGAUGAAGAUGAAGAUUAUAGUGAUGAAGAAUCAUGGGAAUCUGAUUGGGAUGUGGAUGAGGCAACGGUUUGCCGUACUUUGCAACUCUCUGGUUAUGAAUCUGAUUUUGAAUUGCCUUUCGAAAGGCGCGAGAAAGUAGCGGAACGUUUGUCAGAAGCUAAUGCUUUACCGCCACCAGUAUUUACAGCAUCAAUAAGUUAUGAUGGGAUGAGUGAUUCUUGGGGUACUUCAGGACAGUCAUAUUCUGAUGAGGGAACAGGUUCUGGUAUUGGCGAUGAUGUAGAAGUUGGUUUCACUUUAGUUCAACAAGCAGCUAUGCGUCCAUCCGACGAAGAGGAAUACAGUACAACAACAAGUGGUACUUACUCGAGCGAAACAUAUACGUCCAGUUCUUUUGAUGAAGAAAGUGAAGAGAUUAGUGAUGAUGGAAGAAGUUAUACUAGAAGUAGAUCAUUGGAUGAUAGGAGUAUUUCCCGUUCUUAUCGUUCUUCGACUUCUGGCGAAACUGCUGAAAGUGUACAUAGUGGUGAAGAUGUUUUAAUUAAAGUAAAAGAGGAAGAGAAAAAAGAAGAACCUAAACUAGUCAUUUUACAAUCUGUAGAACAACAAGAUGAAGAAAUUGCAGAAGAGCCGGAAGAAAUGAUUCUCGAUAUUGAUACAAAAAUAGAAGUGAAAAAACCAAAAGUGUCAGAAGAGUUGGGACAUGAUGGAAAUAAAAAGAUCAGUCGUGAAGAGACCUAUGUCCGUGAACAAAAUCUGAAAGAAGGACGCGCGGAGGAAUCUGCUCGCCAUUUACCUGGACAAACAAAACCAACAACAGAUUUUGCCAAAAAAGCAGUCGUUCAACCAAUGGCAGAAGCUAAAGUCAAAAUUGGUGAACAAACAAAAACAAUACAAGCGCCGUCAAAGGAAGAAAUUGAAGAGAAGAAAAGGAAGGAAGAAGAAAGGAAGAGGAAAAUAAAAGAAGAAGAGGAUGAAAAGAAGAGAAAAGAAGAAGAAAAGAAGAAAAAAAUAAAAGAAGAGGAGGAAAGGAAGAGAAAAAAGUUGAAGGAGGAGGAAGAGAAAAGAAAGAAAUUGGAAGAGGAAGCAGCAAAAGCUUUAGCAAAGAAGAAGGCAACAGAAGAAAUGAAGAAAAAAACAGCUGAAGAAGUGGCAAAGGUAAAUAAUAAAAUAGUAGAUAGACAAUUCUGUUGGGUUGUUGAGUAUCCUUAG